CAGGAGAACGCGCCUCCGUGUUGGCAAACUCAGAGAGGUGUUCUGAUCCAUUUUGAUUAUGGCCGCCUAGCAAUUCACAUAGAAUCUUCCCAUCUUUGCCUUCUCCGUCUAAAAAGUUUCAACCUUUCUUUCUCCUCUCUAUUAAUUUUGGCAUUGAAUUUACAGCCCCAAUUUUUUUUUUUCCAAGUAAAAACCCUUUACGGGUUUAAAUUCCCAAUAUUGUCUUCCUCUUCUUCUUCUGCUUCUUGUCUCAGACAAUUCAGUGAUAGAGAAUCAGAAAAGCCCAAAUCUUUUUCAGGGUUUGGUAUCCCUGCAUGCAGAUUAGGAUUAAAUGGGGGACCUUGGAGAGGUUGGACCUGAAAUUAGUUCGGAUAUAGAAGAAGACUUGAGGUGUGAUAAUUUAGUGGAGAAAGAUGUCAGUGACGAGGAGAUUGAUCCGGAAGAGCUGGAGAGACGGAUGUGGAAGGAUAGAAUCAAACUCAAAAGGAUCAAAGAAAAACAGAAAAUUGAGGCUCAACAAGCUGCGGAAAGGCAGAAGCCCAAACAGACCACUGAUCAGGCUCGAAGGAAGAAAAUGUCAAGAGCACAAGAUGGAAUUCUAAAGUAUAUGUUGAAGCUGAUGGAAGUGUGUCAAGCUCGUGGAUUUGUGUAUGGUAUCAUUCCUGAGAAGGGCAAGCCAGUAAGCGGUGCUUCUGAUAACAUCAGAGCAUGGUGGAAAGAAAAAGUGAAGUUUGAUAAGAAUGGCCCUGCAGCCAUAGACAAGUAUGAAGCAGAGAUUCUUGCCAUGACUGAUGCAGACAAUAACCGAAAUGGUAAUUCCCAGACCAUCCUCCAAGAUCUACAAGAUGCAACUCUUGGUUCUCUACUAUCUUCAUUGAUGCAACAUUGCGACCCCCCUCAAAGGAAGUAUCCAUUAGAAAAGGCAGUUCCGCCUCCUUGGUGGCCGACAGGAAAUGAAGAUUGGUGGAUGAAAUCAGGGUUACCCUGUGGUCAGAGUCCUCCUUAUAAGAAGCCACAUGACUUAAAGAAGAUGUGGAAAGUUGGGGUGUUAACAGCUGUGAUAAAGCACAUGUCCCCUGAUAUUGCAAAGAUAAGGCGGCAUGUCCGUCAGUCAAAAUGCUUACAGGAUAAGAUGACAGCAAAGGAGAGUGCAAUUUGGUUGGGGGUUCUAAGUCGAGAAGAAGCCCUCAUUCGACAACCCAGUAGCGAUAAUGGGACAUCUGGCAUAACUGAGAUGCCACGUCGUGGCCGCGGUGAAAAGCAUGCUACUGCUAGUAGUAACAGUGAUUAUGAUGUUGAUGGUACUGAUAAGGAGCUAAUCGAUGCAGGAUCUGUUUCAUCCAAAGAUGACAGGAGGACUGAGCUGAUGGAUGUAGAGCCAUCUAGCAAUCUACACAGUAGUACUCCUACUAAUCAUGUCCAAGAUAAAGAGAGAGGUGAAAAGCGAAGAAAGAGAAAAAGGGCUCCUGUAAGACCAAGCUCUGAUGAUAAACUUCCUGCACCAAGUCACAAUGAGCCUUUGCAUGUUGAACCAUUAAAUGCUUUGCCUGAUAUAAACCACACUGAUGCACAGAUUGGAUUUCCAAUUCAUGAAAAUCAACAGGAAAAUGUUUCAGUCACAACUUUACGGCCACCAGAGCAAGAUCUUGAUGUCCAAGCAUUACCGGCGUCUGAGUUUAACUACUAUGCUGAUGUACCUCCUGACGGUGUAACUGCGACGACACAGGGCAUGCAUGUGGGUGGAACACCGCUGCUUUAUCAUGGGAUGCAAAGUGCUGAGAUGCAUCAUGGAAAUAUGUAUAACCUUUAUAAUCCAUCAGCAGAAUAUGUGCCCGGUCAUGAUAGGCAGCAGUCUCAGAUUGGCAUGAAUGAACUGCAAAUUGGACCAGCAGAUGUUGUCCCUUUACAAACUAUAAGAAAUGGAAAUGAGAUUACUGGAGGAGAUAUGCCAUUCUAUGCAAAAGACCCAUUUCAGAGUGAGCAAGACAGAACAGUAGAUGCUAACUUUGGCUCUCCAAUUGACAGCCUGUCAUUAGAUUAUGGGGGACUAUUUAACAGCCCAUUCCGACUUGACCUUGGAAUUGAGGGCACUGGUUCAUUAGAUGACCUGAAUGUGGAUGAAAUGAUGGCAUACUUUGCAGCAUAAGUUGUCAGAUUUGAAGCCACAUAGCUUAGAUAGUAAGACAUAUUUCUCUCUUAUAUGCUACCUUAUUUAUAAAUUGUGUCAGAAUUUGAUCAAGAUUCUUUUUUCUUU